AUGGCUGACCCUCCACCUCCUGAAACUCAACAGCGAGAACCAACGGAAGAUCUGCGAGCUUUAGACUCCCAGGAGAGCAGUUCCCCGGAGAAGCCAAAUCCUUGUACAGAGGAACCUUCUAGCUUAAAUGCUUUAAACAAGGAUCGAAAACCUGAAGUUUCUAUUCCCAGCGAGGAACCGAUCGACCCCUCAGCUCCUUCUAAUGCCGACUUAGGGCCAGUCAUUCAAGAUUUUGGCAACGAGCUGCACAUCGUAGAUACUGGGGUUGAUGAGGUUGAUUCUCAUCCUUUAGUGGAAGAUAAUAGGACGUUAUUUUUGCGAGAAUCAGGAGGACUGAACCUUCAGGCCAACUCCGCCGAACCUGAUCCCACACCUUCCUCAAAGCCGUUAGCUGGAGCCUCGGCUGUUGAAACCCUGCCCUUAAGCUCUGACGAACCUCCUGAACCUGAAACACAGAUUCCUCAAACACAUCUUAACAAACCAGAUUUAACUUCCCAAACGUCUAGUACCUUUCCACAGUCUUCCGGAGAACCUGUAACAUCGACUUCGCCAGCAGGACCUGAUACAACCACAAGCACAUUAGAGCAACUUAGGGAAGCGCCCACAAGUGGUCAAACCAGUGCGGCAAACGAGAAGGCGCAACUGCCUUCUGAGGCCGCGUCACCAGUGCUCGAGGCAUCUUCUGCUGCUGGCGCGCCCGAGACAUCUCCAUCGAAGGCUGCUGCGAAAUCAGCAGCCAAGGAUGCCUCAGUUCAUCAAGUCAAGUGGAUCACCUUCAACGGCAACAAGGUGCCAGUAAUUACACAGAAUGAAAAUGGACCCUGUCCGAUGAUCGCGAUCACAAAUGUCCUGCUGUUAAGACGGAAACUUAAUCUCCCUCCGGGCAACGAAGUCAUCUCCAGUGACUUGCUUAUUGCUGCGCUAAGCGAUAAUCUCCUUUCUUAUUCAAUUGCGGACUUGGAUGAAGGUCAACGCUCAAACUACGAAGCAAACCUCUCUGCCGCCCUUAGUGUUUUCCCAUAUUUGCAGACGGGACUGGACAUCAAUGUUCGCUUCACGGGGGUGUCUGAUUUUGAGUACACGCCGGCACUCACGGUGUUCGAUCUCUUUCGAAUUCCUCUCUUCCAUGGCUGGGUGGUGGAUCCGCAGGACCGGGAAUUAGCCCAGACCCUCAAGGACCAGACGUACAACCAAGUCGUUGAAAUGAUUAUCAACUACAAGUCCUCCUCCGACCCCAGUCGCAUCCAACAAGGCUACUUAAUCGAGGAAUUCCUCGAGCGGACGGCUUCCCAGCUCACGGUCCAUGGUCUCUGUAAACUCUCGGAGAAUCUACGCGAGCAUCAGCUGGCCAUAUUGUUUCGGAACAAUCAUUUCAAUACAAUUUACAAGAGUGGGGGCCAAGUGUACGUGCUGGUGACGGACGUGGGAUUCAUGAAUGAGCCGAACAUCGUGUGGGAGACGCUGGACGACGUCGAUGGGGACUCCCGUUUUGUUGACUGCGAUUUUCGGCUGUGUACCAAAUUCACCGCCAGGUCGCCGCCCGCUGCCGCCACAACGCCGUCCGACGUCCCCCCCGUGUCGGCCACCGCCUCGUCGCACACCACCUCCCCUGUUUGUGGGUCGCCCGAGCAAAUCGACAUGGAGUUAGUCACUUGA